AUGGGGUCAUGGAUAGAAGAUCUGAAAUACGCAGAAUAUUGGAGGAAAUUUAAUAUCUCCGAAGACUCCGAAAAGAAUAGAGAUAAUAGUGGAAACCAUCCUCAUACUUCUAUGAGAGGUGAGCAGCCGUCAACUAGCCAUCUUAAUGUUCAAAGUCAGACUCGUCUUUGUAUGUACUAUAAAGUACAUAUAAAAUAUUACUGUAACGCAGCAAACUACAUUAACUUACAGUAUUUUAAAAUGAUUGCAAGUCAAAAAGCUUACGUGCAGUGUUUAAAGGCACAGUUCAGCCUGUUGAACGAUGGUUUUUAAGGCGCAUUCCAGCCCUUUUAAUUGAAAAAACUAACUCGGAAAAUCAAUUAAGCAUAAUUCAAAAUCAGUAAAUUCGAUGUUUUUAACAAUAUAAAGGUUUUAAAAUGUUAAAAACAUUAAGUUUGGUGAUCUUGAAUUACGCUUAAUUGAUUUUCCUAGUUAGUUUUUUCAAUUAAAAGGGCUGAAAUGCGCCUUAAAAACCAUCGUUCAACAGGCUGAACUGUGCCUUUAAUCACUGUUUAUACAUAUAAGUGUCUACUUUAUUUACAAAUGAAAAGUAUGAUUAAAAUACUUCUAUAAAACCGAAAAAGAAACCGAACUGCAAGAUGUCGCUUUAUAAAUAUUUAGUCGCAAGAUGUUCGCCGAUGGGAAAUCUACGGGAAUGUAUUAAACUGCCAGUGGUGGAUGUUAUUUUUUGGCGGCAUACCGCUGGUCAAAAGCUAUUGAAUAUUUUUUGAGGAUUGUUUUAUUGAAUACUUUUUUGAAUACUUUUUUCUAUUGCAUUGAUAUUUUACGGUGUAAUUUACUGAAUAUUUCAGAUGUUGUAUUGAAUAUUUAAUGAAGGUUAUUGAAUGUUUUUGCGAAAGUAUUGAAUAUAUUUCGGUAAUUAUUGAAUAUAAAACGGUUUAUUGAAUAUUAUAAGAGUGUAUUGAAUAUAAAAUGUGUGUACUGAAUAUAAAUUGUGUGUAUUGAAUUUUGCUACAAUCCGGCAACCAUAAUCGUAUCGAUUUCAUUGCAAAGAAAAUUGUAAAAUCUGCAGGAAUUAAUGCAAAAAUUCGUCAUUUUACAAAUUUGAAUACUUUAAAAUUAAUAUACUAUGCUAAAGUCUAUCCAUAUCUAAUUCUUGGCAAUCUAACAUGGAGUAACACAUACAAAACGAGAAUUCAAAAGUUAACAAAUAUUCAAAAGAAAAUAAUUCGUCUGAUGACAUUUCAGUUCAAUUUUUCUCACACUGAAAAAAUAUUUAUUGACCUACAGAUCUUGAAUCUUAGUAAGUUAAAUAACUAUACCUUACAAGUCUUUUCAUGUUCCGAUAUCAUCAUGGUUUAAAAACUUAACUUACCAAAAUUCUUCACAAACGUUUUUAUUUCAAACAACCAAAUUCACAAAAACAACACUCGAACUCAACUAAGUCUUAUCAGAGAACUAACUACGUCAAGCACUCGCUUUCAGUGAAAGGGGUGGACGUUUGGAAUAAUCUUGACAGUGAUUUAGAAAUAAUAACAUCACGUCCCAUUUUUAGGAAAAAUUCCAAAAUACACUUUCUAUGUAAAUAAUCUUAUAAAACACUUUAACUGUAAUUUCUCUUCAUGUAAAUAGAUAUUAGCAUAUACUCUCCUUCUAAUAUUGAUUGUAACAUUUUAUCCUCACUUUUUGUAAAUACUUAGAACCGAUGACAAUUUAUAAACUAUAUAUAUAUUAGCACCAAGACAACUAGGGGUCUAAAUCCAAAAGCCUGUUCAAGGUUUCUAUAGACUUCUAGCCCAAACGUAUCUACUUUACUUUUAUUUUUUAUAUAAAUAAUGGCAUAUCACAUGGGCAAAUCAUUAAAUAAUAAAAAAAUAAUCAUGUAGACUAGAGUGUUCUCCUAAUUGUUUCAAUUAAGUACUUCUGGCAACGACGUACUUCCUGAAUUCAUGACAUGAGCAAGGGGUUGAGAGUCAAGUGAAUGGUCCAGGCUCUAGUGUUGUUUUGAUACUUGAUUUAACAGUAUUUCCUGAUAUGAAGGGUCAUGCAUUUAAUAAGUAUACGAUGAAGAAAAGGGAUCAGGAGUGUAUGAUUAACAUGACGUUAACGUGAAAAGUUUUAGGACAGUAUAGAAAAUGAUAGGAAAAUAUGGAUAAAAACAAAGGAAAAUAUUCUCAACACAAAUAAGCUAUCAUUGCCACUGGAAGAAGAAACUAACACUAUAAUUGAAUGUUUGUUCUAACUGAAGCUUUCAGUUUUUUUUCGAAAAUAGUUCAGUGCACCUUGUAUAUGCAUCGUCUCGUGAACAUCUAUUCUGGAUUUUGUCAAUUAAUAGCUAUAUAUUUAAUUGGCAUGUCUACUUUCUAAGCGCGUAAGGAGAACAAUAUGACUGUCAAUUUUUUGUUUUACUCAUCCAAUAUAUUUAAUUUCUGUCACUUGAAAGUACUUUCGUCUGUAACAUAACAUAACAUAACAUAAUAUAACAAACCAUGGAGACGUUUUCGUAAUGGAAAGAAUGCAAGGAUGUGAAAGUGUAUAAAAGGGACAGUGACAGAAAUAUUUUCACAGUCAGAUUUGUCAUUGCAAACAUCAAGCUGAAGAUUGAGCAAUUACCAAGAACAAUGAAAACGGCUACUUUACUUGCUUUCUUACUGUUGGAAUUGGCAUCCACCUACGGUAAGUCAUUAAAAUCUGUAGUGUUUCAUGCCUUGAAUCGUUGUUCUAGUUUUCUGUACGUACACCUUCUCUUUUUGCACUUUUUUGCUAUAGUCUCCCCCAAUAAUUAUCUUUUGCAUGACACCAGUCAGAUGUACAUUGUAAUUCAUGGCUUUAACUAAUAUGUUUGUAAAUAACUCUUUACACAUCAAAACCGGCUCUUUCAAGCUCGAAUAAGCAUAUCUCGUGUUCUAGAAACUGCUCGAAAAGUUGUACCAUUUAAGCUGUAUACUAUAGAAAUACGUACAUGCAGAAACCCCACGAAAUUUCGACAUUUACGACAAUUUCCAUGCACGAAUGUUGAUAUAACUGUAGCUAGUAUAUAUCAACACAAAAAAGUUUUAUAUUUGUUAAAUGUAAAAGGGUAUAUAUUAAAUAGGAAAGAUAUAUAACAAAUACAAAUAUCAAAAUUGAAGAACAGAAAGAAUUAGAAAGAGUUUAAUAUAAGAAAGCGAAAGUAUAAUUAUAUAAUUAUAGUUUAUGGUAAAGGGCUAGUGUUGUCUGUUGUAUAAAACAUUUCGAAAUACGCUUCGAAAAUAGAUCCGUUAUCACAUGCAGGAUCAUUCAAUGACAAAGAGAUCACUUAAUAAUUUUCUCUUUAAUUCAUUUGUGAUCGAUGCUCAUUUGGAAAUAGUCUUUCAGGAUGUUGUGCGAGUUAUUUCGCAAAUUCUCGUAUUUUCACAUUCGAAUGAAAAGUGAAAUUCGUCUUCAACUGAAUCAACUGUACGUUUAUCGCAGUUUUUACAAAAUCUCUCUUCUAUUUCUAUUUUAUAGUUAUAGUUACACGGAAUGUUGAGAACAUUGUUCUUUGGUUGGGAUCUUUGAUGUUAUUGAAGUAUUCUUCUAAGUUAUAACCUUUCUUAAAUGUAGAAUAAAAUGAGAGUAUUACUGUAGGGUUUUCAAUUUGAUGUUUCCAAAAUGGUAUAUAUAAUUGUUAUCUUUAAUAGUUUUUACGAAAUUAUUUAUGUUUGUGUCUGGAUAAAAUUUUUAAUAUCUAUUGUUUCUUCAAUAUUGGGAUAGAAGUUUUUGAUUAUGUUAGUGGCAUUAGAGUAAAAUGAGUCUUUACCGUUUGAGUAAAGUCUUUUUUGAAAGGUAAAGAAUUUGUUUCGCUAUCCUUGUAUCUAGUAGUUGACUAAUGUGUUUAAUGAAAGAAAAUAGUCUUUUGAAUAUGGUGAUUAACAGAGGGAAUUUACCUAGUUCACCCCUGCUAGCGAUGUUGCUCGCUUUCCUAUUUACACCCAAAUAAAUUUUACAAAAUUUUAGGUGUAUUUUUUCAGUCCAUUUAAUGAAAUAGUUGUUGGUAUAGAUCCCCCAAACCUCGGAGUUGUAGAGUAAGAUUGGAGAGACUAUGCCAUCAUGGCAAGCUUGAGUUAAUUUGUGAAAAUCAAGAUGUUUUCGAAUUUUAAAUAAUGUGUGCACUCAGUUGUUGAGUUGCAACUGCGAAUUUGGAGUGAGUUUUAGAUCGAGAUCAGUGUAUUCAUUUUAAGUUAAGUUUUUGUAUAGUUUAGAAUUAUGUUGUUGUAGGGUCAUUAUAACCUUAGCUUUUUUCAAGUUUGUAUUCAUUAACCAUUUUUUGCUACAUUCAUUGAGAGAACUAGACUGUUUUGGAGACCAGAUCCGAUCUUGCAGUAGUCUAGUAAGUUCCGUUUGGUAUACUAGAAAUGGGUCCGAGCUGUUUUUCGGUAUUUGCAUGGGCAGUAUUUAAUAGUUCAAUCAUACAGUUCGCUCUUGGAUAUAAUUGAUUUUUUUUAAAUUCUGUAAGUUUUUUUUUAAUUUAAAAUAGGUCAAUUUAGGAGGCAAAUAGAAAACUCGAAAACAACAUACAAACUUACUUUAUAUUUCAUCAUUUCCCAUCUUAUAUCUCUUCUUGUCAUCUCUUUCAAGCAAAAUUUAAAACGAAAUGAAAUGAAAUUUUAAACUAAAAUUGAAUUUCAACUGAAAUUUUAGCAGUUGGCUCAUUCCACUCCUGACAGUCUGCCAUAUUUGAGAUCAGUGACAUGACCACUCAAUGCCACCCACUACCCCACUUUUGAAACUGUUAGCAGCCUUCCUUUACUCAGAUGUAAAUAGCCGUGCGGAAUUAGUACCCUUGCCCCAGGCUUACGCCCCGAACGGCGCCAUGCCAACUCGGCGGACUAUAUAAUACUUAUAUAGUGUUGCAUGGAAAACAAUUGAUAUAAAUUGUCAAUCAUAUAAUCAUUGCAUUCUAGCUGUGACAGCUGAAGAAGAGGUCGUCGAUGACGAGCCAGCUGCAGCAAAAGAUGUACUGAUUGAGGAUGAUAAAGGUAAUUGUUUUUAUUUUGAUUGCUCAAGUAAUUUUCUGUGGAAAAUAUAAGAUAGCACCAAAUUUUUCGAUGGAAAGCUGACCAGGACAAAAUGGAAGAUUCUGGGGAAAUUUGAUUUGGCAACAAGACUGAGGAUUAGUUUCAUUUCUUUCACACAUACUUUAUACGACAAUCGCAAUAAAAAUGCAUAAUAGUUUUGGAAAUUGUUCUUUGUUUUAUAACGCAUUUCCGAAUUUAAUUCUAAUUUUUAAGUUAAUGAUUUGAAUGAAAAUUUGAUCUUUAAUUUGACAGAAGAAACUGAAAAUGACGAAGAACAAGAUAAAGAAAAGAGAAAUUUAAAUGAACGUACGUAGACAGUCCAAUCCUUUUCAGUUAAAGAUUUUCCAAGUCCCUGCCCUGGAUAUAAUAUCUCAAAUCCCAACAUCAUGGCUGGUUUGAAUGGUUGAAGGUUUUGAAUUUUGAAUCUCUGCACCAGUAUUUCAAGCAGUUUGAGGAUACUAUGCACCAGAAUACAAUUGUCUUCAAUACAACAGUCUGUUUAAGGCCACUUCAAAACACACUGCUUACAAAACUGCUUACAAAAAUGCUAUUUUUCCCAGACGGGGGGGAUAGCUUUGCGACAGGGGAUUGUCGCUGCCCAGCCACCUCUGGCGCCACCCUUGGCGAAGACAAGCUUGAAAUCCGC